UUAACUAGUGUCUGCAGCGCGUUGAGUUUAUCCGUCUAUAUAAACUCAAUCCUCUGCAACUUUAGUAUCAUAAAUUCAAAAUCAUCAUUUCUUCAGCAAUAUGGCCAAGGUUUAUCCCUGCACACCCUCCUCCUCGUCUUGUUGUAGUGGAAGUAGUAGUGGAAAAACAUAUACGAUAUGGAUGAAAUCACUUGUUGCAAAUGGGAAUGGAUUCACGGUGUAUGAUUCGUGUGGCAGAGUUGUCUAUCGCAUAGACAAUUACAGUAAGAAGAGUUGCAGACAAGUUUAUCUCAUGGAUCUUCAUGGCAAUGUCCUCUUUUCCAUGUUUCAAAAGGUAUUUGGAUUCGGGCAAUGGAAUGGCUACAAUAAAGAUGAUAGAGUAAAGAAUGAGAAGCCAUUUUUUGAAGUGAAAAACUGCAGAAAGUUUCUGAAGAGAAGAGAAACAGAAUAUCAUGUAACAAUGGGCUCCGACAGUUGUAGUUUCUAUAAGAUAAAAGGGACGGAAGGAAAAUGUGAAUUUAACAUAACAGACCAACAAGGAAGAGUUGUUGCAGAGGCUACGCAGAAACAAUCUUCUUCUGGAGUUAUGUUAGGACAGGAUGUAUUAAGCUUGAAGCUGGAGGCUCAUGUUGCUGAUCAUUCCUUCAUCAUGGCUCUUGUCGCGGUGCAUGGAUUAAUAACCCGAAAAAUGUAAAUUUCUGUAACAAUUCUAAUAUAGGAGGAGUACAUAUCUAUGAAGUGUUCAGUACUGAUCAUAAAGACAGAAAUCUGUAACAUUAACUUUUACAAUUAUAUGGAGUACCUUAUUAAACUUUUACAA